CUUCUUUACCCUGCACCCAGAGCCUAGGCAGAGAGGACAAGGACUGAAGAACCAUGAGUGGGGGCCCUGUGGGAGGCAGGCCCGGGUCCCGAGUGGGAGCGGCUCAGCAGAACAUUCCUUCCAGCCUCCUGCAGGAUCAUGAGAACCAGCGCCUCUUUGAGAUGCUCGGCCGGAAAUGCUUCACACUGGCCACCGCAGUUGUUCAGCUGUACCUGGCUCUGCCCCCUGGAGCCCAGCAUUGGACCAUGGAACACUGUGGGGCCGUGUGCUUCGUGAAGGACAACCCACAGAAGUCCUACUUCAUCCGCCUUUAUGGCCUUCAGGCUGGUGGGCUGCUCUGGGAACAGGAACUGUACUCGCAGCUGGUCUACUUGGCUCCCACUAGCUUCUUCCACACUUUCGCUGGAGAUUCCUGUCAGGUGGGGCUAAACUUCGCAGACGAAGGUGAGGCCCAGGCCUUCCAGGCCCUGGUGCAGGAGAAGAUACAAAAAAGGAAUCAAAGGCAAAGUGGAGCCAUAGAUAGAUGCCAGCUACCACCACCGCCAGCACCAGGCAAUGAAGAGAGAAGAGGAGGGCUCCCACCUCUGCCCCCACAUCCAGGUGGAGACCAAGGGGGCCUACCAGCUGGCCCCGUAUCCCUGGGGCUACUUACAGUGGACAUCCAGAACCCUGAUAUCACAAGUUCCCGAUACCGUGGGCUCCCAGCACCUGGGCCUGGUCCAGCUGAUAAGAAACGCUCAGGGAAGAAGAAGAUCAGCAAGGCUGAUAUUGGUGCACCCUGUGGAUUCAAACAUGUCAGCCAUGUGGGCUGGGACCCCCAGAAUGGAUUUGAUGUGAACAACCUAGACCCGGAUCUUCGGAGCCUCUUUUCCAGGGCAGGAAUCAGUGAGGCCCAGCUCACAGAUGCAGAGACCUCCAAACUCAUUUAUGACUUCAUUGAAGACCAGGGUGGGCUGGAGGCAGUGCGGCAGGAGAUGAGGCGGCAGGAGCCACUUCCACCACCCCCACCACCAUGCCGAGGAGGGAACCAGCCCACCCGGCCCCCUAUUGUGGGGAGUAGCAAGGGUCGUUCUGGUCCACUGCCUCCUGUACCCAUGGGGGCUGCCCCACCCCCACCGACUCCCCGGGGACCCCCUCCCCCAGGCCGAGGGGGUCCUCCACCACCACCCCCUCCAGCCACUGGACGUUCUGGCCAACCGCCCCCUCCACCUCCUGGAGCUGGGGGGCCACCCAUGCCACCUCCGCCACCACCACCACCACUGCCACCAACCAGCACUGGGGGUGGGCCAGUUCCUCCCCCACCACCUCCCACUCAAGGGUCUGGGGGAGGCCUGGCCCCUGGUGGGGGUCGGGGGGCACUUUUGGAUCAAAUCCGGCAGGGAAUUCAGCUGAACAAGACCCCUGGAGCCAUCGAGAGUUCAGCCACACAGCCCCCACCUCAGAACUCAGAUGGCCUGGUGGGUGCACUCAUGCAUGUGAUGCAGAAGAGAAGCCGCGUCAUCCACUCAUCUGAUGAAGGAGAGGACCAGGCUGGUGAUGAGGAUGAAGAUGACGAAUGGGAUGACUGAGCUACAUCUGGGCUCCCACUGCCUUCUCCACAUCUGCCCCUGCAGCUCCUAGGCCCAACCUCCAGUGCUGUCCCCCGCAACUGCUCCCCAUACCUUAGCCGUGCUGGCUACCCCUUUUAUACAUUCCCCAGUUCUCUUCAUGCAAGGAUUUUAAAACAAAAAUAAAAUAAUUGGUCU